UGUUCCUCGAGUCAUGAUCAGUGACUACGAGCAGAGCUUUAGCAGCGAGCUAGCAACCGCUGUUCGCUCUCAUCCACCAUAUUCCACGGACAAGCAAGGCGGAUAGACCGACAAGGCCUCCACGAUGACUAUCCUCGGUCUGGCACCAUCGCUCUAUCCCAAGGCGCCCGCGCACUUCGACAUCGAGCAGGUCAUCCGACCAAAUAUCCUUUCGCUGCAACCAUAUCGUUGCGCACGAGAUGACUACUCGGAGGGCAUCCUCCUGGACGCCAACGAGAAUGCUCUGGGGCACUCGAUUCUGCAGGCCAACGGCGAUGCACACCCAGACGUCCCCGACCUUGAGCCCGAGUUGCAGCCGACGCUCUCGCUCGACCUGCACCGCUACCCGUCACCGCGGAAUGACCCCAUCAGGGAACGUCUCGCGUCCAUGCGAGGGUUACCAGGGCCAGAGUACGUCUUCCUUGGCGUAGGCUCGGACGAGGUCAUCGAUCUGCUCAUGCGGGUAUGCGUCGCGCCCGGACGAGAAAAGAUACUCACUACACCGCCGACCUACGGCAUGUACGCCGUCUGCGCGCAAGUGAAUGAUGUCGGGGUCGUCAAGGUUCCCCUAGAGCUGAGUGGCGAAUUUGGCGAGGGCGCGGAGCGCGGGCGGUUUUCGCUCAAAGUCGAUGAGAUCAAGAAAGCGGUCGAUGCGGAUCCGUCCAUCAAGCUCAUCAUGUUGUGCUCGCCUGGCAACCCGACCGGCACGCUAAUAUCCCUCACGGCCCUGCGGGAAUUGCUAGACUACGAAAAGUUCAAGGGCGUCGUCGUCGUAGACGAAGCCUACAUUGACUUCGCCGGCGAAGGCAGCGCGGUCCCUCUGCUGCACGAGUACGCGAAUCUCUGUGUCAUGCAAACGCUCAGCAAGAGCUUUGGGCUCGCCGCUAUUCGAUUGGGCAUGGCCUUUGCCCAUCCUUCGCUUGUGCAAAUUCUCAUGAACACGAAGGCGCCAUACAACAUCUCCGCACCCACUGCGGCCCUAGCGCUUUCUGCCCUGUCGCCUUCUGCCGUGUCGGCGAUGAGCGCGAAGGUCGCGACCCUUGUGGAACAGCGCGCUGUCCUCCUCAAGGGACUUGCCGAACUUGCGCCCCUGGGCUUGGGCGCCGCGAUUGGCGGAAAUCAUGCGAACUUCGUCAUGGUUCCUGUGCUGGAGAAAAGCGGCUCGGGCCAGCCUGACAGCACGCGGGCACAGCGAAUAUACAAGACGCUGGCGGAGUCUGAGGGCGUCGUCGUCCGAUACCGGGGUGGCGAGCCUGGGUGUGCAGGCUGCCUCCGCAUUACUGUGGGCAGCAAGGAGGAAAACGCGGUAGUACUACGCAAGCUCCGGGAGAUGCUAGAGAAGCUGUAAAGAAUGUGUGGUCCUGUACAUGAGUUCGCCUGAUCGGCCUAGACUUAUUCUAAGUUAUUGACAUGCAUUCAAUGAUAGUGUCAACAAACUGCUCGAGCACAUGCUCGCGGUGACCACCGUACA